CUUAAAGUGAAUCAAAAUGGCAAACCCUUUUUUAAUGGAUGAUGAGCUAGUGGGUGUGGACGACGCAAGUAUAAACCCAUUUUUGAUCCAAGGUAAUGAAGAUAUAACAGCUGAUGAUAAUCCUUUUUCUGGAGAAGCCUGCAAUCCUUUUGCGUUUGGAAAUGAACCGGAGGAACAGCCGGAGCAACAAACUAGCGGCGAAUAUGACGCUGCCAUGAGUUUUUUCGGUACCACUAUUGAAGCUGAGGACGAUGCUUUAAGUGUAAAAUCAACGGCAGAUGAGGAAGAGGAUACAAAAAAGGCACCUCCUUCUCGACCUGUGCCUCCCAAAACUCAGGAACUUAUUAACACGGUAUCGAGUCAGUUAGAAGAGACUAGCUCAGAGUUGCUAGGACGUAUACCAGCAACGCGCUCUCCUAGCCCGGUAUCUAUGAGAGAUCUGCACUCGCCUAGUCCAACGCCAGAUAGUGGUUUGGCCGAUCUCCUAGAUAUGUCUGAAGAUGGUUCCUCGACAAAUGUGCAAGGAUUUGACAUUGAUUUAAUAGUUGUUGGUAACAUUAAUGAUAAUCCCUUCGGUGUGCCCACAGGUAUUCCUAACAUACAUGGCGCAGCACCUAUGCCUUCGUCAGCCAAACAUCAGCCUCCCCGACCUCCACCUCCCAGACCAGUUCCGCCUAGACCAGCACCGCCAGCAACUGUUAGUCAACAGCCGCCUCAACGGCCUGCUCCUCCUACGCAGCCAACAGCAACAACAACGACUGCAGCCGACCCUGAAGAUCUUUUCGAUAUGUUUGGUGCUGUGAAGCCUCCUAAGCCACCACCCCCAAAAACCAAAGAGGAUAUUUUAAGUCUAUUUGAUAAACCAACACAACCAACCACUAAACCUGAUUUGCUAAGUGAUGAUAUAAUCCUGGAUUCAACACCGGCAACUGAAACUGCUAUUACAUCAGAACCAGAAGCAGAGAAAGUUGAAGAGCCAAUAUUUAACUCGGUUCUAACCCGCCCUGAUGAAACAACGCAUAACAUAACUAGUGAACCUCCAGCGGCAAAUAAGAAUAAAAUUGCUCCACAAGAACUGUCCAGUAAACAAAGAGCACCUACACCUGACAUUGAAAUAACGACUGUUGAAGACUUACCUAGAUCCGACGAUGAAGACGAGGCUGAACCUGCAUCAAAAGUUCCGUCAGUAGUAAUAGAAACAGAACCUAGUCCGCCUGGAGAUGAAGAUGAUAUAUCUGUACAAGCUCAAAUAGCCCCAACGGUGGAAUCGGAUCAAAGUCCCCCAACUGAGACCGCAAUUGAACAAGCUGAGCAGGAAUCAUUACAAGAAGCAUUUUCUGAUAUUGCUGUAAAUGAGACAGAAGCAGAACAAGCAGCAGAGAAAAUGGAUACCGGUUUUGAUUUUGCACCUGCUAGUGAUGGUGACUCAGCCAAUCCAUUUGCAAGUCCAGAUGAAGAAGAAGAAACGUAUCCGCAAGCUGAAGCAGUUGCUAAUAUAUUUGCGGUUGAUGAUUCUCAACCGACAAAUGUGAUAGAAAACAUAUUUUCAACACCUGUAGAAACUGACGUGCCAGCUCUUUCAACGAUCAAUAUAUUUGCAGCUGACGAGGAGCCAACUUCCGAAGAACCUAUUGCUUCGUAUGAAACCAAUAUAUUUGCAGAGCCAGAUGAAUUUGAUGCUUUCGCUGCGAAAUUUGAAUCUGUCAAAAAAGAUAAUGUCAGCAUUUUAGAUGGUUUUGGUGGUUCUGGAGCUGUGACACCUACAGUAGACGCUUGGGGUGAUAGCGCAUUUGGAACGCCCAACGCCGCUGCAGAUGCAACGGAUGGGUUUGGAAAUGAGGAUGAUGACUUUUAUGCUUUGCAAGCUCCCGUGCGUUCUGAGUCCGUGGAAUCAGUAGAAAAAGAUUUCAACGUUGUUAUUCGACCAAAAACGGAAGGGUCUGCUGUCGUUGCGCCUCAAUUAGCUCCUCCACCGCCGACACGCAUCGCCGCUGGCCAACACAUUGAUGAAACAGCAUCAGUGGUAAAUCCUUUCGAAGAUACCGGCUUUCCGGCACCUCCUCAACCCACUGAGCAAUCAAUGCAACGCACAGAUUCACAAGAAACCCCUCAAACACCACUCUUCGACGAAGAUGUUUCGCAACCCCUAGAAGAUUUUCCACGCCUUAACUAUGUUGGUCCUGGUUGGGAAAUGCAACUGAGGCAACCGAACAAGAAAAAAAUAACUGGCCAACGCUUUUGGAAAAAAAUCUUUGUACGUUUGGUCAUGCAAAACGAUGUACCAGUCGUGCAACUUUUUAAUCAAGCUUCUGAUAAGCAGCCCUUUCAAGAGUUGCCAUUACAACCGUCAUAUUCAGUAUCUGAAAUAGGAGCUCAGCAGUAUGAUCAAUUUGGAAAAAUUUUUACAAUGAAGCUGCAAUAUAUAUUUUACAAAGAACGUCCUGGUGUUCGACCUGGACAAGUGACCAAAGCCGAGCGGAUAACAAAUAAACUCACAAAAUUUGCACAAUAUGCUAUAGCUGGUGAUUAUGAAGGUGUUAAAGAAUUUGGUAGCGAUCUAAAGAAAUUGGGACUUCCCGUUGAACAUGCACCACAGUCAUCGCAACUCUUUAAAAUUGGUUCUAUGAACUAUGAAGAUAUGAAACAGUUUUCGGUGUGUAUAGAAGAAGCUCUUUUCCGACUGCCCGCUUUACGAGAACGUGCUUUAACUUAUAAAAUGGAAGAAGUACAAGUCACAGCAGUCGAUGAAAUAAUUGUCGAUCAAGAUGCAGAUGGAAAAAUUUUAAAACAAAUUGCACGAGUUAGACUUUUCUUUUUAGCUUUUUUGUCGGGUAUGCCAACUAUCGAAUUGGGUGUAAAUGAUAUGUGGCGUCAAGGUAAGGAAGUUGUAGGUCGUCAUGAUAUUAUACCAGUCGCUACCGAAGAGUGGAUACGUUUGGAAGCAGUGGAAUUUCAUAGUGUAGUCAAUCAAGAGGAAUAUGAAAGGUCACGUUUAAUUAGAUUUCAACCUCCUGAUGCCAAUUACAUAGAAUUACUACGUUUUCGUGUGCGACCACCUAAAAAUCGUGAACUUCCUUUACAAUUGAAAGCAACUUGGAUAGUGACGGGCAAUAAGGUUGAAUUAAGAGCUGAUAUUUUGGUACCGGGAUUUACCUCUCGAAAGCUUGGGCAAAUACCUUGUGAGGAUGUUUCUGUCAGAUUUCCUAUACCUGAAUGUUGGAUAUAUUUGUUUAGAGUUGAAAAACAUUUUCGAUACGGAUCAGUAAAAUCGGCUCACAGAAGAACUGGAAAAAUUAAAGGUAUUGAAAGAAUUCUAGGAGCAGUUGAUACUCUACAGGAAUCACUGAUAGAAGUUACUUCGGGUCAGGCCAAGUAUGAACAUCAUCAUCGAGCAAUUGUGUGGCGCUGUCCGCGUCUACCGAAAGAGGGACAAGGUGCCUACACCACUCAUCAAUUAAUAUGCCGUAUGGCUUUGACUUCUUAUGAUCAGAUACCGAGUGAGUUGGCACCAAACGCAUUCGUGGAGUUUACUAUGCCGGCAACACAAGUCUCUCAUACGACAGUUCGUUCUGUAAGUGUUCAGGAUUCUGAAGCUGAUGAGCCACCCGAAAAAUACGUACGGUAUUUAGCUCGCCAUGAAUACAAGGUGGGCAUUGAAACUACGCAUGGAGAGGCCACUAAUGCGUAUUUGGCCGCAACUAGACCAAUACGUGAAGAGCCCGCUGCAAAACCAGUCGCCUCUCCCGUACCCCCUAGUGACUCAGAUACAGAUUCCAAUUAAAUUUUAAGUUAAGAAACAUUUAGUAUAUCAUUCCAAGUCGCAAGUCGUUUAGAACAUAAAGAAAAUACAUAUAAAAUCCAUAUAUACAUAUUUACGUCUCACUAUAGAAAUUAAAAUUUAAUUAAGCUUAUAAACGUACACAUAUAAUUAUAUAAACAUAUACCUAUAAAUAUUAAAAACGGUCACAACAAAGUUCUAAUACAUGAAAACUACUAUUAUAUAUUAUAUAUAAUAUAAAACGUUAUCAUAAUUAAUAUUUAAACACCCAUUAUAUUAAAAUUAUUAAUCUCACCGAUACCUAAGUUGCUGCUGAAUUAAGAUAUGAAAGAUAUUUAAGGCAUAGCGCAGUUUGUUUGCGGCAUUCAUUGUAGCGGCACAUUGUGUAUAUUUAAACGUACGUACAUAUAUUAGUUGACAAUAACAUAAGAUUAUGUCUUAAACUUGCAUUGCAAGAGCCAAGCCAAAGAUAGGUGAACGAAAAAUUACACAAAAAUAAUUUAAAAACAAAAAAAAAAAAAAAAAAAAAACAAAAAUUAUCAUAGGUAUCAAGUGUUUAAAGGACUUCAUAACAAAAAUAUAUAUAUAAACUACACUUAAACACUUACAUUAUCACGUAAAUUAAAUUCUUAUCGUGUGUGUAUGUGUGUGUGUGCGCGUUGAAAAAGAAAAAAGAAAAUAAUAACACUACUAUAAAGUAAUAAUAAAACUAAAUUCAAUUUAUUGUUCAUAUAGCGAGAAAGAGACGACAUUUUAUUUUUAAUCAUAAAUCACAUACACACACACACACACACACACACACACAUACAGAUAACAUUAACGAUCAUAAAAUUUAUUGUUAUAUCAAUAUCAAGACACGGCAUGUAGUUAUAUUAUUACAAUAACACAACAACAUGAGAAAACACGCUGUAACGAAAACAACUUAUACUAGUGCAAUAUGCAGAACAAUUUAAAAAAUGCUACAUAAGUUAGAAAACCGGCAGAAAAAGUAAAAAACACAUGCAAAAAAAAAAAAAAAGAAAACAAAGAAAAAUUCCUUAAAAUUUCUAAUCUAACGUAAUAUACAUACAAACCAUCACAAUAAUACGAAUCGUAAAACUUGAUUUUAACAAAAUUUCAAUUUUCAAUUCUUCUAAUUCAUGUUUUGAAUUUGCUUGUUGCACAAAAGGGUUUUAGUAAACAACUUUGCUUUGUUUGUGAAAAGAUUUGCAACCAUUCACGAUUCUCAACUAGUUUUUUUUACAAAUAUUUUAAGAAACUUUAAAUAGCUCUCUCUCACUCUCUGUCUGUCUAGGACUAUGAGAUCGAACAAUUAUCGCAAACUUGAGGUUACUCUCAUUAGGUUUCGUGCCCACUAUCCGAGGGAAUACGUUGUAGUAAUUAUAACAAAUGACUUUUAAAGAACAGACAUAUACCCCAAGAGAUCUAAGCAAGCAAGUAAUAACGACAUUAUACGACUAUUAUUUGUCCAUCUUUUAUCUGAUAUCGGAAUUUCCAGACAUAAUUCGGUCUUGUAAGAUAUAAUUCUAAAAUUUGACUCAAUUGUUUAAUUUCAAGUUUCGCAUGUGUAGCCGACGAUGAUAAAAAUCAUUCGAGCUCGCAUCUCAGCGCGCUCAAGCAAACAUACAAAGGCACAACACCCACUGGACUGCGGUUACUCCCUAUCUCUUUCUUUUUCUUCAUUUCAUGAUCAGAAUCAUGACUAUUUUAUACAUGUUUUUGACAUCUCUCUUGGGCGCAUUAAGCUUUUAUUAAGCAUGAGCUUGUCUGUCCGCGUGUCAAACUAUCUUUUCUUCCACUCGUUCGUCUGUCCAUCUUGGUGCUCUUGUUUUCUGUGCUCUUUCUGUGCUUUUUCUAAAAAAAAACGUAGAAAAUUUACGUUUCAUUUUCUUAAGAAAUUUACAUAUUUUCAUUAAAAUAAUGCACCAAAAAAAAAAAAAAAAAAUCAUUGCACCAUGAGAAAAGAGAAGAUACGGUGUUAUAUGUUGUUUCGACAUGAUUAUCUUCGAUUUGACAGUAAACUAUGCAUUCGCGCCGUAAACGUCAUAUUUAUUAAUUUUUAAUUUUUUAAUUUUAUAAAUGUAUACCAUAUUUGUAGACAAAAAUAGGAUCGAUAUGUUGUAGACAAUAUCUUUGGAUGGACAUAGUUUUUCAGAAGAAACAAAGCAAUAUUUUUAAAAACUUUAUAAAAAAUAUUUUUGAAAGUUUUUUACUGCUAACAAGUCUACGAUUAUAGUAAUUAAAAUUUUAAAAU